ACAUCUUUAAAAAAUCUCGAAAUUGCACUCAAGACUUUGUCAAAUAUAUGGGGUCCUAACGUUAUAUCCGUAAAAGAAAAACAGAUUGGUGGGAGUAAGAAAUUAAUAGUUGAAGAGGUUGAUUUUCGUAAGCUGAAUGCUGCUAAAAUUAUCGAAAGUUCCCUGGAUACGGAAAAUCCUUUACCUUUAGAAAAAUCAUUACAAUUAACCACUCAUGUAAGCAAUACCAAUAAAAAGCGCAAAAUUGAAAAUAUACUAGAUGAUGACGACGAUGAUGCGUCAAAAGAAAUAAAUGAACUCCUUGCAAAGCAAUCAUUUAAGGAAUUAGAAGAAAAUGGUCCGUUGUAUAAUCUAUGUGUAAUGUUAAAUAAAAAAUCUUCUCAAGAUAAAUUAAUAAUCGAAAUGUUUCGAUCGACAAACAACUCAUUUCGGGAGUUUUGUGUUUACGGUACUAAAGCUGAUUGUCAAAAGCGCCGAAAAAUAUCUAGAGCUUGUAAAAAACUUCAUUUUCGCCCAAUGUUACGACAUCAUACAGAUUUGGAAUUAGGUGAUUGUUCUUAUCUGAACACCUGUCACCGGAUGGACACUUGCAAAUAUGUACAUUAUGAACUGGAUGAAGAAGAAGAAAAAUGGACUUAUAUUCAGCGAAAACAAAUCCCACCUGCUGUGGUGUUCGUUCCACCAACAAAAGUGCUUCCGCCUCAAUGGAUCAACUGCGACGUGCGAAAGUUCGACUUUUCAAUUCUCGGAAAGUUUACUGUAAUAAUGGCUGAUCCACCAUGGGAUAUUCACAUGACGCUUCCGUACGGUACCAUGACUGACGAUGAAAUGAAAGCUAUGGAAAUUUCUACAUUGCAGGAUGAGGGACUGUUGUUUUUAUGGGUUACAGGAAGAGCAAUGGAACUAGGAAGGGAAUGCUUGAAUAUUUGGGGAUAUGAUCGUGCUGAUGAACUUGUAUGGAUAAAAACCAAUCAAUUACAGAGACUUAUUAGGACCGGACGAACAGGACAUUGGCUUAACCACAGUAAAGAACAUUGUUUAGUUGGUAUUAAAGGUAAUCCUGAGGAUUUAAAUUGGGGACUCGAUUGUGAUGUUUUGGUUGGAGAGGUUCGAGAAACAAGUCGUAAGCCUGACGAAAUAUACGGGCUAAUUGAUCGUUUGGCACCUGGUACACGCAAAUUAGAAAUAUUUGGUCGUCAACAUAAUACGCGUCCCGGGUGGAUGACCCUUGGCAAUCAAUUGGACGAUGUUCGAAUAUAUGAGCCUGAUCUUGUAGUGCGAUAUAACACAAAAUUCCCAGAGAAACCCUGUCAACUAACUCAGUUACCUGCGGAUUGGUAA